AAGUAAAUGAUUACAUAAUACUGUAUUUGUAUAAACAGUUUUAGCAUUAAAUGUUUUUUUCUAAAUAUAAUAAUAAUUAUUACAUAUUUAUAAAAGUUAUUAAUUAAAUUUGCUAAAUAAUGAUGAAAACUCCGGCAUCUAUUUUAGCCGAUAUAAGUAUUGCAAACAAUGUUAGGGCUGAGUAUACUGAAGAUGAAAAGGUUGAAGGGGUAGUUCACGCACCGGUAUUCACAACCAGAGUUCAAAUGGGUAUAACUGAGGCCAUAGGACGCGGAAGAAACAAGAAAAGUGCCAAACAUUCAGCUGCUAUGCAAUUGAUUGAGAAAAUUAUUAAAAACAAUUUGUAUGAAAUCGAGAAUAAGGAUCAAGUAUUGAAAUCCAUUGAAGAAUAUGCACACAAAUUGACAAUCAAUGAAAAUCAGGUAAAAACCAACAGAUCUGACAAUCAAAAUGAAACACUCGAUGAUGAAAAUCCAUUGACAAUACUUCAUGAACUGUGUGUUAAAAGUCAUUGGCCGACACCUAUAUAUAAAGACAUUGGUAUCGAUGGACCCGAACAUAAAAAAAUGUUUCACAUGAGUUGUACGGUUGUGAACAAACAGUUGACAUUCAAUGGCAGCGCUUCAUCCAAACAACUGGCCAAACGAAAUGCCGCACAAAUUAUGCUAAAUAUGUUAAGAAGCGAUGGGUUUGGCCAACAAAAAGACAAUUUGAAUGACACAAAUAGGACUGAAUUUGACACAAAUAUUAUCGACAAUUUUGACGAACACUUAAUGCCAUCGAUUGAAAAAAUAAAUGAUUUUUAUGAUACUUUACCGGACAUAAUGAGCACUAAAAUCGAUGAAUUACUGACAAUGUUUGGCCUAAAUAUCAAUUUUUUAGAUGAUUUGGAUAAAGAAGACGAAGAGUUUGAUUAUCUGAAUGUUUUAGAAAAAAUUACUGAAUUGUUGGGCUGUUCUGUGAUUAUCAAAUGUAAACCACAAACUAAUGUCUCGACUGAAUCUCAAUAUAUUAUUCAAAUAAUACCCGUUUCUAGUAAUAUAUGUCAGAAGAUGUCUGUUCUUACAGUUAGCGGUUCGCACCGGGAGUUGGAAAGAGCUAAACAAAAAGCUGCGGCAAAUUGCUUAUAUGUUAGAAAAAUGUGA